GGGCUUGGACCCUCCAACCUGUGACAGGCUUCUUCUCUGCCCAGCAGACCCGGCAUCAUGACGCAGUUCCUGCCCCCCAAUCUCUUGGCCCUCUUCGCACCCCGAGACCCAAUCCCCUACCUUCCACCCUUGGAGAAGCUGCCCCAUGAGAAGCACCACAACCAGCCCUACUGUGGCAUCGCCCCCUACAUCCGGGAGUUUGAGGACCCUCGUGAUGCCCCUCCUCCAACCCGAGCAGAGACCAGGGAGGAGCGGAUGGAAAGAAAGAGGCGGGAAAAAAUAGAGCGGCGACAGCAAGAAGUGGAGACAGAGCUAAAAAUGUGGGAUCCGCACAAUGACCCCAACGCUCAGGGUGAUGCCUUCAAAACUCUCUUUGUGGCCCGAGUG